AUGAGUCUCUGUGCCAACAUUAAGUUCCACGGGUACGUGAUCGUGGUGUUUUCGGCUCUGCUCACCACCACCAUCCUCGUCAGUUCUGCCAUCCUGAAGUUGGUGUACCACGGCACGCAAGACGACAGCAUACCGCGGGACUUGCAGGACCUCAUCGAUUAUGGGUGGUUCGAUUUCGCUGGCGAUACGCUGCAUCUCGUGUCGAUUGGAGUCCUCUUUUACGGCAUUCGGAAGGAGAAUCGCUUCUGUCUGAUCCCCUACCUGCUGUCGAUCGUGUUCGAUUGGGUGGCGUACGUGGUGGCCAACACACGCGGCCCUAGGACCCUGCCGUACCAGGUGUGGGUCAUUCAAACCGUCCUGUUUCUGUAUGUGUUCGUGACGCUUAUCGGACUGUACAAGCUGUUCCAAAUCAAGGCGAAAGAAGGAGCCACGCGAUCGGAGGAGUUCCGCAAGUCCAUCUGUCUGUGA